UCAACUUUACUACAUUUUAUUCAUACGGCCCAUUAUGUGGGGAAUGUAUAACUUCAAAACUAGACUACGUGUGAACUUGAAGAAUGGCAAAAAAGAUUAUCAUUUAAACUAUCGACGAUUUGAUCGGAUUCUGAGUGUUCAUUCGGUAGUUGGCCUGCCGGAAAAUCAUGCAGUGCAGCUCCCGCGUGUGAUGAUCAUCAUUGACUGAUGAUGACGAAAUUCGAAACGUCAAAAAAGAAAAGCAACAAAAAAACGAGCAGCGCCUCUUCAUCAGCCAGCAGUCGGAAUUUCAUGCUGAUUCGUUUUUCUGGUUUUUCUCGCGAAAAUUCAAUCAUUUUCCCAUAAUUCGUGCGUGAAUGUCGUCGACAGACAUCAGAAGUAGUGUGCCAAGUGUAAAUUCAAGCUGAGCGGUGCAUUUGUUGCAAUUUUCACUUGAUUGAAAUGUAGUUCCUUCCUUUUGCCUACAACAUUGUGGUGAAGAUUGCGUGUGAUUUUUGAACACUUUUUUUUUUAUUGAUCAGUACACUUUUGUCGAAAUUUUCGUACUCAUUUCACCGGAACAUGGCCAUGCGUAGGCCUCGCGUCAAGGUGGCCGCGAAUCUUGCGAUUCGGCGGCCAACGAAAGCGUCCGCAGCUGGUCCAAGUAAGGAAUCGAAACCGGUGAUCGCUCCGAUCCAGCCCAAAGAAGACAUCGAGGAACCGCAAGUGGCAAACGCAGAGGAAGAUCUUCCACCAUCGGAAAUAGCGGAGAUGAAACGACCUGCUUGUAAAGCAGAGCAAAAACCGGUCCCUGCUUCUUCCCCAGUAGCAGAGCAGUCAGCAUUUAAAUUUCCAAAACCUGUCGAAGAACCACCUCGAAUCACCACACCCGCUCCUCUGCCACACACUCCGCUGGAGAUAAACACCGAAGAGCCACACUCACCAAAGAAAUUGGAUUCCAAAUUUGCCUACAUCAACGCACUGAACAGCCCCCGGAAGAGGAUCCGUACGGAAUCGAUGACUUCCAACAAGUCCUAUUCGGAUGUCAGCUUGAAAUCUCGCAAAACGAUCAAACAGGAGGAAUCGCAAAAGGCAUCGGACGCCAAACGGGACCUUCGGAAGCGAUUGAACAACAUUCAGAACAUCGACAAGCAAUCGCUGACCAUGUUCGACAUGAUCUACUACAAUCCGGUCAAGAAUCCGAUGAAGAGUCCAGCGCUCAGUAAGAAGGGCUCGAUGGAGAAUAUUCCCCGGUCGGUUGAUCGGGAGCGACGGAGCGUAAGCAAGUCACGCUCUCCAACGCCAGCUCCAAUAAUGGCUCCGCCGGAACCUCCGAGUGCUCCUCCGCCAUUGCAACUGACGCCGCAAAUCAAGCUGGGACCCAACGGGGAGAUGAUCCUGGACGAGGCAAGUCUGGUGGUUGAAAACGAGCGGGAGAAGGCCAUAAGGGAUAGCCUGGCCAAGGCGGAGAUUGUCUACAUGGACGAAUUCAGCGGAAAUUCCGGCUACUACAGUCGCUACAAGAGGACGAGGGAUUGGCCCCCGGAGGAGACAAUCCGUUUCUACAGGUGCUUGCAUACAAUUGGGACUGACUUUUCCAUGAUGAUCCAGCUGUUUCCGAAUCGAACCCGGAGGGAUUUGAAAUUGAAGUUCAAAAAAGAGGAGCGUCUCAAUCUUAAAUUGGUCAACAAAGCGUUACUCUAUCCGAAAGAGUUCAACAUAGAAGAGCUGAGACAGCAGUUCGAGGAAGAGGAUGAGGAAAUCGAACGACAACGAGAGCAGGAACGGCAAGUGAAAGCAGAACUGGAGGAGAAGUUAAGGCAACAAAAGAUGUCGAAAAAGCUUCAGCUGAACCAAAGCAAAAACCGAAACCCCAAGAAACGAGUGAGUAAGGCCGCUCGUGUCAUGCUGGACAUGGACAAAAUUGCCAACGCCGCAUCGUUGGUGAAAGAUACCAAGCCCAGGCGAAAGAGGCGAAAGGUGACUCGGAAUGAAUCGGCUGCGGAUCCAGUAGUCGAACGUAAGAGAAGCUCAACCGCAGCCGUUUCUAAACCACUUUCCGAAGCGGAGGAAGUUGAAGAUGACGUUUUCGACGGCAACAACGUUUCAGACAGCGAGCCAACUGGCGACACAUCAAACAGGGAAGAUCGGGUACCGCAGGUCGAGAGCAUUCCAUACAUUCCGAACGGAGAGCUUGACGAGACGGGUGUGACUUCGGUUACGGAAUCCUCACAGUCCAUAACAAGUCAAGCGAACGCGGAAGUUGAAUCCAGCGAUUCACGACUGAACAUCGAGGCCAUGGAUAUUGAGGUGGUGGAUGAAAACUCGAGGAGUCUUUUUGCAAUAAAAGCUGAACCUGCGGUUUAUCCCGUUCAGUUGUAUGAAAGUGCCAGCAACACAAGUCUGGACGCAGGAAGUGUCGUUACCUUGCAGAACUUAGACGACAGUGAAUCUACGGUAACGUACCGAAGGUCAAAAACGUCAGGCAGCGAUCAAUACCGAGGGCAGGAACUGAGCAUUGACUCGGUCGAGUCCAAGUACUACGGAGGAUGCGAAGUCGUUUACCUUCCGGAACAGUCCAGCACACAUCCAGUGAAGACAGAAUCAAUGUAUAGCAGCGGGUCGCAACUUCCCACUCCGGCGCAAUCGCCUCCUCUCCAGUACGAAUUACGAACCGUUCAUGAUCCGGAUUUCGAGCCGGCUAAAUUGGCGCGAGUGAAACCAGAUGCACAGGAAAGCGAAACGUCACAGGAGUCGUCGUACCGCGAAGAGAACAAUCCGUCCCCGGUUAUGGUGCUUCCGGACGAGACAACUCCAUCUUCCGAUUCGCUUCAAAUGAAGCCGGAGAUGGAAUCGACUGAAUCGCCCACGGAGGAUUCCACCGAUUGGCAGGAGUCGGAAUAUUCUGGAGAUCAAACGGAACAACCGGUGUACGAUCAGGAAGCGGACGAGGAAGAACCACGCGGGCUGGACCGCUUGAGGACAUUGACAUCAACUCGCUGGUGUUGGUAGAAAGCCAAGACACAAAUGAUCCCACGAAAACCAUCUAUGAAAUCUACGUGACGGAUCCGGAGACGGGCAAACUGAGUGAGAAGCCUUUGGACGUGCCGUAUGAUGUGAUCGAGAACAUCCGAUCGAUUCUCGAGGGUGGCGAGGAGUGAAUCUUCUCUCUUUUUUUAAUAUUUUGGUAAGUUGUUAUAUUUUCGUUAAACUUUUCGGAUUCGUCGCAUGUCGUCACACAGCCGGGAACAGGGAAAGGGAUGAUUGAAGGGUUUCUCAUUUUCUCGCAAAUAAACACGUAUUGCACGUUGUAUAGUAGUACAGUAAGAAUAAAAAUCUAUUUAUCGUCAGAUGUGACAAAACGAAA